UGGCCUCUCGCCCUGGCAGCGAGGCCCCGGCACACCGGGCUCCCAGACGGCGGAGGAACAGCAGCAGCUGGGCAUGGCGGAGGACGGGCCCAAGCCACUGCAGCUCAACAUGCCCCUGGUCCUGGACCACAACCUGACCAGGCAGAUGCGGCUGCGCGUGGAGAGCCUGAAGCAGCGCGGGGAGAAGCGCCAGGAUGGCGAGAAGCUGCUGCGGCCGGCCGAGUCUGUGUACCGCCUUGACUUCAUCCAGCAGCAGAGGCUGCAGUUUGAGCGCUGGGACGUCGUGCUGGACAAGCCGGGCAAGGUCACUAUCACGGGUACCUCCCAGAACUGGACGCCCGACCUCACCAACCUCAUGACACGCCAGCUGCUGGACCCUGCUGCCAUCUUCUGGCACAAGGAGGACUCGGACACCAUGGAUUGGAAUGAGGCCGAUGCCCUGGAGUUCGGGGAGCGCCUGUCGGACCUGGCCAAGAUCCGCAAGGUCAUGUACUUCCUCAUCGCCUUCAGCGAGGGCCUGGAACCCGCCAACCUCAAGGCCUCCGUGGUCUUUAACCAGCUCUGACGGCAGCUGCUCGCUGCUGCCCCCUCCCCGUGCCAGCCCUGCCCGUGCCCCCUGCCCCGAGGUGUGUGUUUGAGGACGUUCUUCUAGCUGCUGGCCUGUACUCAGCUCGCCCGGGACCCCCUGAGCCUGUGUCCUUCCUCCUCUCCUCUGCAUGGUGCUGGCGCUCCUGCUCACGGGAGGAAGACGCAAAGGACUUGUAGUCUAGAAGCUGGACCGGUGGCUGCUGCUUCUGCUGUAGACCACGAAGCCUGGUUGACCUUGUGUGGGCAGACGGAGGGGGCCGAGCGCAUUUAUUUUCUCUCUGCUUCGCUGUCCGGACAGAGACUCAAAGAGACCGAGAGAGGCAGACAUAGACACGCAGAAAGAGAAAUCCAAGUUCCCUGCCAUCGGACUUCCUCUGGAGAUGGGAGAUGGGGAGACUGACGACAGAGCGGCCUCCUUGGGGAAUCCACACAGGGGCAUUUGGUACCCUCCUGGCGACAGAAGUCCAGAGGUGAACACUCAGCCUGAGGACCCAGGAAGGCACUUACUCCUGGCCCGGGCCUGGUGUGGUCCCAUGACGCCCCAGGGGCCUCGGGACUUCAGGCAGGGUUGCUGCGGGGCUUGAUUUGGGCAGUGGGGAGUGACUGGCAGGCUAGCAGCUAUGCUUGCCAACUCUUGCUCUUUGGAGAACGACUUCAGGAGGGAGAAGUGACAGGGAGAGGACAUAUAACAUGUUACAGAGGGAUGUCUCUAUCUGUACUUGUGCAUAUAUAUUGAGAGAGAGCACGCUAUAUUCAUAAGGCUAUAUUCUAGA